GGUUGGACUUGACUUGAAGUACAGUCGACAUCGUCAGUUCGACUUUGGCAGCCAACGUAUCUGAACGUCUCUGUACGUCUCUGUUUCUUAAACCACGCUUCCGUAAUCUUCAUUCACGGUGAUUUUGUAGAUUGUUUUAGGAAAAGAGUUGACAAGAGAGACUUCAAAUAUUCAUUUCCACCAUGGGCCGAGUUAAUAAAAAGAAAUUGUCUGAAGAUUCUGAACCUGAGGAAGUCAGUGUAGUGGAGCCAGAAUACGAAGUUGAAAAAGUUGUGGAUAGAAGAGAAAUUCAAGGGAAGGUGGAGUACCUCUUGAAAUGGAAAGGUUAUGAAGAUGAAGAGAACACCUGGGAGCCUGUCGAUGCAUUAGAUUGCCAUGAAUUAAUUGCUGAAUUUGAAAAAAAGAGAAAAGAAAAAUUGGACCAACCCAAAAAGAAAACAGAAGGUACCAUCAAGGAAAAUAAACGUUCAACAUCCAUCAAAGACAAACCAGCAAAAGUGAAGGCAGCUGGAAAGAAAAAAGACCAAGAGGACCAACCCCAACCACCACGUGGAGUCGAACUCGGCCUUGAGGCUGAGGCGAUUUUAGGCUUAACCGAUACUUAUGAUGACGACGAGCCUGGUGAACUUCAUUUCCUCAUCAGAUGGAAAGAUCAAGAUGUUCCUGAAUUUGUUCCUGCUGAAAAAGCAUAUGUUUUAUUUCCUCAAAUGGUCAUCAAAUUCUACGAAAGCAAACUUAUUUGGGGUGAAAAAAAAAAUUAAAAGUAAGACGAAUGCUUACAAAAAUAAUUCCCCUUUUAUUUUAAUCUUCAAAAAUGCACGAACGUGCAAUGCCAUGUUUAAGAAGAAUGAGCUGGUUGAUAGAUCCUGAUCUUACUGCCCACUCCAGAAACACAGAUCCUUUUUCUUCCUUCUCUAUUGUUUAGCCCUCCACAUCUUUCUCUUUAUCAACCAUAUCUUAGUAUUAUCUAGCAAGUGAUGAAACAGCUUUUAUGUUCAUUAUACUCAUUUGUCUUUGAAGCUAGAGUAAAUCGAUGUUUUUUAGCGCUAGGUUCACAGAACCAGAAAUAAAACGGAUGUCUUAUAA